AUGGAGAAAUUAGUCCGUGAACGAAAAUCCCUUGAUCCUCGGAUCAAACGUAUAUCCGAUGUGGUGGCCAAAUUGAAGCCAGAAACGGCUGAAGAAACCGAGAUUCAAACGGAGCUAGAAGUGCUCGGUGAUAUUUGGGCCGCUUAUGUGCUAAGAGUGAUAAAAGAUCGUGAUGGCAGUAGAGAAGAGCGAUCGAACAGUGCGGUGAUAAAUCAACUCGCACAGCAGCAAGCCGAGUUAAUUCGGUUGAUGUCAGAUCGAAUGUCCGUCGGCGCGAGUACAUCUUCUGCUGCUUUAAGUGCUGUACCUGCCAUACCGUUGUCGGAUCUAAAACUACCGCGCAUGAAUUUGCCCGUGUUCAGUGGAAACUAUCUCGAGUGGCAAUCUUUCAUCGAUCUGUUUCGUAGCAUGGUUGAUCAGAACCCUUCCCUAAGAGAUAGCCAAAAAUUAUACUUUCUCAAAACCAAUCUCUCCGGUGAAGCGGCGUCGCUCAUUUCGCAUCUCAAAAUUGAGGAUGCAAAUUACGCUCCUGCUCUGGAAAAGCUAAAGUCACGCUACGAUAAACCACUAGAGAUAGCCCACAAGCACAUCGAACGCUUUCUGAAUCAACCAUCGAUGACAUCACCGUCUGCUGAUGGAUUGCGCUCUCUACAUGAUGUCUCUGAUGAAGUCGUUCGCGCUCUACAAGCUAUGCAGAGAGAGGAUCGUGACACGUGGCUACUCUUCAUCCUCAUCGAAAAGCUCGACCAUGAAACCAAACAGCUCUGGUACCAAAGAGUUGCUGAUAUGCCCGAAACAGCCGUAACCCUAAAGGCAUUCCUUUCGUUCAUCGACUCCCGCAGUUUUGCUUUGCAAUCUUCACAGCCCGUCAAGCAACGAGCCGUUGCUACCUACAAGCCUCAUAUGAAGCCAUCGUAUAGGGGAGCAACAACAUUCGUUGCCACGAACGUGUAUCCGAACUGCGACGUGUGUAACAGAUCGCCCCAUCCACUCUAUCAGUGUGGAAAAUUCAUUCAUAUGAACUCAGAGGAAAGACUUUCUGCGGUUAGGGAACAAAGGUUGUGUCGCAACUGUUUAAAGCAGCAUCUCGGGGAACCAUGCAAAUCAGGAAAUUGUCGGAAAUGUGGCCAAUUCCACCACACCUUGCUGCAUGCUGCUCUUGUGUCCCCCAUCGAACAACAAGCUGAAUCAACAUCGUAUGAAGCUCGACCCAGCGAUGGUGCGGCCGCUCACUCAUUGAUUUCGGCUCUUGAUUCCACUGCUAAUUUCGACGCAUCUAACGUGCUACUCGCCACCGUUUCCAUUGAUGUCUUAGAUAAGCAAGGGCGGCCGCAUACCUGUCGCGCCGUCUUGGAUUGCGCGUCUCAAGUAAGUUUCAUCAGUGAAAGUUUGUGUAGAAAACUAAAUCUGGAUUUGAUGGAGGCCGAUAUGGAUCUAGAAGGUAUCUCGUCAACUCCCGCUCAUGUAGAUAAAUGCGUCGAAAUAGUUGUAGCAUCCCGUUGCUCAGACUAUCGAACCACAGUUCCGUGUAUGGUGCUUGAGAAAAUCACUAAAACGCUUCCAGUGAAAGCAGCGAAUAUCGACGGUUGGCGCAUCCCAACAGAGAUCAAUCUGGCCGAUCCCCUCUUCCACCUUCCUGGUAAAAUACACGUUCUGCUUGGCAUUGAACUCUUUUUCCAGCUGUUAGAGCCUGGAAAAAUUUCUCUAAGCCCUGACGACAAUCUUCCAACGUUGCACAACACCAAACUAGGGUGGGUUGUUGCUGGUCGCGUUCGUGAUACCAAUGUAGCACCGAACACAUCGUCUCCAACGUGUUUGUUGGCUACUGCCGAUAAUAGCCUGGAUCAGCAAUUACGUCGUUUCUGGGAGUUGGAGGAGUAUUCGAAAACGGCACCGCAUCUCAGUGAAGAAGAAAAGCAGUGUGAAGAUCACUUCUACAAGCACACUAUUCGAAACGCUUCUGGAAAAUAUACUGUCCGUUUACCUUUCUUGCACUCUCCAAGUCAACUAGGCGAUUCGAAACAAAUGGCCGAGAAACGUCUGAGUCACAUUGAAAGGAAACUGAAUCGGAAUCCCUAUCUCAAGCAAGAGUACCAUUCGUUUCUCAAGGAAUACUGUGAGCUGGGGCAUAUGACACUAACUGAAAGCCCUGCACCGAAAAAUACAGUCUACUUACCUCAUCAUUGUGUUGUAAAGGAGGAUAGUUCAACAACAAAAUGUCGCGUCGUCUUCGAUGCCUCCGCGAAAACCACCAGCGGAAAAUCUCUCAAUGAUGUGCUGAUGACUGGGCCCGUUUUGCAGGACUCUAUCGUUAAUAUUCUCCUACGUUUUCGGUUCCCAGCAGUGGUGGUUGCUGGUGACAUAAAGCAGAUGUAUCGCAUGGUGGAGGUACAUGAAACGGAUCGUGAUUUCCAACGUAUUCUAUGGCGAUUUUCCUGUGACGAGCCGGUGAAAGAAUAUCGUCUCAACACGGUUACCUACGGAACAAAGAGCGCUUCAUAUUUAGCGACUAAAUGUGUCCAGCAGCUGUUGGAAUCCCAUAGAGAGCAGUUUCCGGCAGCGGUUGCAAAGGCAGAAAAGAGCACUUACGUUGACGAUGUCCUCACUGGUGCUGACACGGAUGACGAAGCAAUAAUUUUGCGACAGCAGUUAACAACCAUAUUCGCCGCCGGUGGUUUCCACCUGCGGAAGUGGGCGUCUAAUAGUCCAGCGGUUCUCAAUGGCAUCCCAGCAGAAGAUCGAGAAGUGAAACUACCAAUCGAGCUCAACGACACGCGCACCAUCAAGGCCCUCGGCAUCCACUGGCAGCCGUGCACCGACGCAUUCCAGUUUGUGCAAAAUCUUUCCGAUCUUCAAUAUUUGCAGGUACCGCGACGAGUAAUCGGCAUGCAAGGUGCGUGCCGUAUCUCUCUGCACGGCUACAGUGAUGCCUCCGAGCGAGCCAUGGGUGCGUGCGUGUAUAUUGAAACCGUGGACAAGUACAACAACGCAUCAUCACACCUAUUAUGUGCAAAAUCGAAAACAGCACCUAUCGGGAAUGGACGAACAACACUACCUCGUUUGGAGCUAUGCGCGGCGGUGAUACUAGCACGACUGAUGGCGAAUGUUAUGGCUGCAACAUCUAUUUCUUUCCACGAAGUACGCGCACACUCAGACUCGACAGUGGCACUAUCGUGGAUAUAUGGCGGUGCGUCGCGGUGGAAGACCUUCGUCGCCAAUCGAGUGGCUGAGAUCACUACUCAUCUACCUGCAAUCAACUGGCAGCACGUCGACACUCAUAAAAACCCAGCAGAUUUGAUCUCUCGCGGAGCGGUACCUGAGCAAAUGAUUAGCAACUCUCUUUGGUGGCAUGGACCGGCUUGGGGAAAAUCAACCAACCUUCACCCAACAAACUCUAUCGCCGCUCUCGACAUUACGCAACAACGACAAGUAGAAAGAGAGCAACGGUCGGUUGCAAUAACCUACCUAGCUGUUUAUGAAAACCCUUUCCUCGACGUGAUGCUUACCAGAUACUACCCGAAUCUCCAACUACUUCUACGCAUUACAGCUCGUAUGCUACGCUUCUGUCACCGUGAAUAUCGAUCGACAAAGCGUCUGACACCACUGGAAAUUGCCAAUGCCAUGCGAGUAUAUCUACAUCACGUUCAGAAUCAGCAUUACAAUAAAGAGAUCCACCAACUGGGGCAGAGGCGAGAGGUAAACCGCUCCAGCCCCCUACACCAGCUAAAACCGUUUCUGGAUGAAAAUCAUCUUCUCAGGGUGGGCGGUAGGCUACAACUAUCGGAAUUGUCGUACGAUAUGAUGCACCCUAUCUUGCUUCCUCAUAAUUCAACGCUUACCGCUCUCAUCCUUCAUCUCGAGCAUCAUGAGCAACUGCACUGCGGUCCACAAUCGCUCCUGGCAGCUGUGCGACGACGUUUUUGGAUUGUUCGCGGUACAAGCGCCGCCAGAAAAGUGUGCAGAGCUUGCGUCGAAUGUGUACGUGCGAAACCAGCCCCUCUACAUCAACUAAUGGGUCAACUACCUACGGAUCGUCUGAAGCCGAAUCCACCAUUCUCCAUUACAGGCAUUGAUUAUGCCGGCCCAAUUAAUAUUAUCAGCCGCCGGGUGCGAGGUGUGGCAGCUAGCAAGGGAUACAUCGCAUUGUUCAUCUGUUUUUCGACUCGAGCAGUACAUCUCGAGGCAGUGUCCGACCUGAGCACGUCCGCAUUUAUUGCUGCCUUUACUCGCUUCUGCUGCCGAUAUGGUCGACCGAAUAAGCUUUAUUCAGACAAUGCGACGAAUCUUCGGGGAGCAGCUAAGAAAUUUCGUGAGCUCUAUGAAAUGAUCAAUACAACUAUAAAUGCCGCCGAAGUGGCCGACUACUUCACCAACAAAGGUAUUGAGUGGCUGUUUAUCCCAGCACGCUCGCCUCAUCACGGCGGACUUUGGGAAGCUGGUGUGAAAGUUGCCAAGGGAUUGCUAAGCAAACUGGGAGAUGAAGCUCAUUUCACAUUCGAAGAGCUGAGUACUGUUCUAGCGCAAGUGGCAGCCUGCAUGAACUCUCGUCCGAUUGCUCCACUCUCUGAUGACCCUAACGAACUUCAACCUCUCACGGCAGCACACUUUCUCAUCGGUAGACCGCUAAAUAUUGUACCUGAGAUAAACCAGUUGGAACGUCGCAUUGGAUCUUUAAACAGCCAAUCGCUCGUCAGUGAUCUACACUUCAAACUACUCGAUGCUUACAGCGUUGCUGGACUUGUUCAAAUUAACGGAGUUGUCAACCAAAACAAUCGUUCACUUGAUCUUACUUUCGUAAGCAGUGAACUUCUUCACUUAUGUGAUCUCCCUGAAGCACCAGCUCCUCUAGUUAAAGACGUUAGGCAUCACCCUCUCAUGCUGAUGACUCUGCCGUUUCCAGAUAAUCAUGGUGGUGGAAUAGAAAUUUCACAGUUUUCCUACAACUACAAAAAAGGGGACUACAGAUCGUUGAACCAGUUUCUACGCGAAAUUGAAUGGAACACGCUACUGCAGAACUGUGAUAUUAACGAAGCAACAACUCUACUUUCCAACAUCUUGCUCUACGCAAUUGAUCAGUACGUUCCCAAAACCACCGUUAAAACGCCAAAAUAUCCUGAAUGGUCCACCCCCUUGCUGAAGAAACUAAAAUAG